AUGGGUUCAUUUUUAAUCUCUCUGACCUUCACCAUCUGUAUUCUAAUCUCCACAUGCCCGUUAACAUCAUCAACCACAGAUACAUCUACAAUUUCAUCAAUCUACGAUCUUCUCCACUCCCACGGUCUCCCAAUCGGUCUCCUUCCAAAAGGUGUGACUAAUUUUACGAUAGACCCAUCCACAGGCCAUUUUGAGGUGUAUUUGGACAACAUUUGCGACACCAAUUUCGAAUCCCACGUCCGUUUUAAUUUGAAUGUCUCCGGCACCCUAAGGUUUGGUGAAAUUGCGGAAUUGUCCGGUGUCGCUGCGGAAGACCUGUUUCUUUGGUUCCCUGUGAAGGGUAUUAGGGUGGAUAUUCCUAGUUCCGGGUUGAUUUACUUUGAUGUAGGUGUUGUGUUCAAGCAAUUCUCUCUCUCAUCGUUUGAGACUCCGAGGGAUUGUAUUGUGCUGGGUCUGGAUUCGCCACAACUUGAUCUGUUUCUGUUCAAUGAUCAUGGCCGAAUUGUUGAG